AUGUCGACGCCGCUCCUGCCGGUAUAUUUCGAGUUAAGCUGGUCGAUUCUGAGUACCAUCGGCGCCGCGAACGUGUUUCUUGGCUUCCUCAUCGUCGGAAUUACGACCUUCUCCCAAAUUACUGUGGUGCCGAUCAUAUCGUCAAUCGCUGGCGCUAUUGCAAAUGGGCUUUGCUAUUACGCCUUUUAUGAUGAUUCGUAUUCCCUCAAAAGCAAAGCUAUCGCCUCGGUGUUUGGUGAUAUAUUUUGGAUGAUACAAGAAGUCGGCUUGUCCUUCUACAGUUACGUCCUCCUCCGAAAGAUCUUAAAGGACCUGGGAUGGAAAGCCUUCAACAUCUUGUUUUGGCUCAUGGUUCUUUCGAUUAUAUCAAUACGCAUCAUGAUCGCCGUCUCGCGAGCAAAAUUCAUCUUGAGAGGUAAUACGGACUUACAGAGCACUGUCAACAGUCUACACAUCGGUUACUUUGUGCUGAUAGCUUCGCUCGAAUGUCUGAGCUCCUUCUUCUUACUCAAGACGUUCGCUGAAGUGAAGUCGACAUCCUUGAGGGCAGCUCUGAAGGGAGGUCUGUUCAAAUAUCUUAUGCGAAGCACUGAAGUCCGGCUUGCGACACUGGCCUUGAUUGGGACAAUGAGAGCCGUUACGUAUUCUUCUCAGAUUGCCGCCCAGAGUGCUACGAAUGCAGCCAGCCAAAUUGAUCGCUUCGCAUACACCCUAGAAUGUCUAUUUCCAGUAGUCAUGUUCAUUGAUAUCCUGGCAUCCAAACUUGUCGUCACGACACACGUCUAUCAUCCUGCACAACCAAGACGACCGCCGCUUCGAGGUUUUUCGUCAUAUCAGAAGCAGAAUGAUUGGUGUACUGCUACACAAAACAGCGAGAGGCUGGUUGAGGUUCGCGGUGGAAGGAGAACAAGCUCCCAGGAAGAUAUCUUCAGCGCUGGCCCGUUCAGAUCCAACAUCGGUCUCUAUGGGAUCGAACCAACAUCACUGGGAGGAAUCAACAAAACAGUGGAGGUUAGUGUGCGGCACUCCACACCGGCGAGACCGGGCAACCCAGCGCACUACAUGACUUCUCCCUAG